AUGGACAAAUAUGCCUUGCUGCAGAGGGCCAAACUGCAUCUGGAUUUCAUCCACGCAAACUCCACAACUCACAGUUUCCUCUUUGGAGCUCUGGCUGAGCUGCUGGACAACGCAAGGGAUGCUGGGGCUUUAAGACUUGAUGUGUUUUCAGUGUAUAAUGAAACACUACAGGGAGGAUUCAUGUUGUGUUUCCUGGAUGACGGAUGUGGCAUGAGCCCUGAGGAAGCUUCAGACAUCAUUUACUUCGGAACAUCCAAGAAACGGUUGUCCACCUUGAACUUCAUUGGGCAAUAUGGCAAUGGGCUUAAGAGCGGGUCCAUGAGAAUUGGCAAAGACUUCAUUCUUUUCACAAAGAAGGAAGAGACCAUGACCUGUCUGUUCUUUUCUCAGACUUUCUGUGAAAAAGAAGGCCUCACUGAGGUUGUAGUUCCGAUACCUUCAUGGCUAACGAGAACGAGAAAGAGUGUCACAGACGACCCCCACAAGUUCUGCACAGAGUUGUCCAUCAUUUAUAAAUACUCCCCAUUUAAAACCGAAGCUGAAUUGAUGCAGCAGUUCGACAUGAUCUAUGGGAGAUGUGGAACUUUACUGGUUAUUUAUAACUUAAAGCUGCUGCUUAGUGGAGAGCCAGAGUUGGAUGUUAAAACUGACAAAGAAGAUAUACUGAUGGCUGAAGCUCUGGAGGAAUUUCCAGAGAGACGGUCAUUCAGAGCCUACACAGCUGUUCUGUAUUUCAACCCUCGGAUGAGAAUAUUUAUUCAAGCCAAAAGAGUUCAAACAAAGCACCUAUGUUAUUCCCUCUACAAACCCAGGAAGUAUGAAUAUACUACCUCUUCUUUCAAAGGGAAGUUUAAAACUGAAGUUAAAAAAGCAGAAGAAGCAGUGAAGACGGCUGAACUCACGUUUAAAGAAGUGCAAGUUGAGGUAAACCAGCCCGACAGAAUUUAUUUGUCUUCUGCCAAGGAUUUAUUACAGAAAGCUUUGGAAGAUGUGGAGAGAAAGCAUAAAAAUCUUCUCCAGAAACAGAGGGCACUAAGAAAGGCAAGAACACUCUCCCUGUUCUUUGGAGUGCACAUAGAAGACCAAAGCCAAGCUGGAAUGUUCAUUUACAGUAAUAACCGCUUGAUCAAAAUGCACGAGAAGGUUGGUCCCCAACUGAAAAUGAAGUCCUUACUUGGUGCAGGUGUGAUUGGAAUUGUGAACAUACCCUUGGAUGUCAUGGAACCAUCCCAUAAUAAACAAGAAUUCCUCAACGUCCACGAAUACAAUAAUCUGAUCAAAGUCAUGGGACAGUACUUGGUCCAGUACUGUAAGGACACCGGGAUCAGUAAUAGAAAUCUAACAUUGUUUAGGGAUGAAUUCAAAUACCAGCAAAGCAAAGACACAGACAAAUCUUUAGAGUCUCUCCGAAGGCAAAGAAGACAAGCCAUGGCUAUCCCAUUCAUGCUACAAUGCGAUCUUUGUCUCAAAUGGAGAGUCCUGCCUUCCUCUUAUAAUUACCAGGAGAAAGAAUUUCCUGACAUAUGGAUCUGUGCUAAUGAUCCCAACAACCUGGAAAACAGCUGUAAUCGGAGAGAACUCCUGCCGUCUAUCCCGCUGGGAACGAUGAGCAGAAGAUCACCCUCAAAAGAUGAGAAACAGAAGCAGCUUCAAGAGUCAAUCCAAAGAUACCAGGACAGACUGGUGGAAAUACAGUCACAGACAUCUCACCUUAUAGCCGUGGGUAGUAACCUGGAGUCCAAGUCCACCUGCCUUUCGUCAGCACCCAAGGAAAAAUCCAAACUUGGGAAAACCAGGCCUUCAGUGGGUGACCCAGCUCAGGGUACCCCUUCCUCUCUGGAGCUUUCGUCCAGCCAAAAAGGCCAGAAGAGAAGCACAGAGGCCGAAGACUCUGAUGUGGAGUUUGUCUGCGUGACCAAGGUGCUGAAGAGGUCUACAAAGAAGAAAGUGAGGCACCAGCUGCCGAGUCAUGCGCCAGCUCUGUUGGAAAACCUCAAGCACGUGGAUGCAUCGCAGGCAUCUUUGUGGAAAGUAGAAAGGAGGCAGAGUGAAAAUCUUGUACAGAAAUGCAAGGCAUACACUGAUGUUGAAACCGGCAGCAAAGAUCCAGAUGUAAUCCCGGUUUGGGAUGAAAGCAGCACCAAAGUUUCACUGAAACAAGAAAUAACAGAAGUGCAGCUCACAAAGACAGAAAAACAAGGGCUGUGUGAUGAUACUCCAGUAAUGGAAAGAAAGUCUUCCGCACUUAACUUGAAAAGCUUGCCCGGGAUGCAAAUGGAAGAUUUAAGCUCACAUUCUGAGCACAAAGUCAGCUCUGUGAAUGGCGAUGGCCAGCCCUCUUCUUCACAGAUGCCCUCCCAAAGCUCAUCUAUCAAGGAAACAGCAAAGAAACUGAUGUCUAACCUAAGGGAGAUUCUUCUGUAUUUUAUUCCUGAGUUUCAGCUAUCAUCAGAAUUUGAGUGCACGUCUAUAGAAAAACUCAUAACAAGUCCUGAGCUGGAGCGAUGCCCAGAGAGCAUAAAUGAAAAGCUGAAAACAUGUUUCAACCAGAUCCAGAAUAUCUACAUGGUUCAAUAUGAGAAAAGACUCAAGAGAAAAGUGCAGUCCAUUAUCUAUGAGGCAAACAGAAGAGGAGUGCUUAAUGAAGUUUUUCUGGGACAGUGUGAACUAAAGAGGAAAAAGACCGAGGAGAAACUCAGUGACCUUCGUGCAAAGCUGGCUUUGGUGCUGCAGAAACUUCAGCUGGGUGCUCCGGAGGGGGACCUCGAGCAGAUUGAUGCUUACAUAGAAGAUUUGCUCAAAGAAGAUCAUCUCCCAACCACUUUAAAUGGAAGGAGUCUAGAGUCAAGGCAAGCAAAAGAUACAGAACAGUGA